AUGGCGAGUGCCGUGGUUGGGAAUGGCACACUAGUUUCCGCUAUGCCGAAGCCGAUGCAGAUCACAUCCCACGGAGUGUGGCAGGGUGAGUCCCCUCUCGACUCAGCCCUCCCUCUCCUCAUCGUCCAGAUCUGUAUUGUCGUUGCCCUCACUCGCCUCCUUUCCAUCCUUCUCAAACCUUUGCGCCAGCCCCGCGUAAUAGCCGAGAUAAUAGGAGGAAUACUUCUGGGGCCAUCUGCGCUUGGACGUAACAAAGCCUAUCUGAGCAUGAUAUUCCCGUCAAGAAGCCUGACGGUGCUGGACACUGUCUCCAAUGUAGGCCUUCUCUUCUUUCUCUUUCUGGUUGGCCUCGAGCUCGACCUCCGCUCCCUCCACCGCACUGGCAAGACGGCCUUCCUUAUCGCCCUGGCUGGUAUCUCCCUCCCUUUCGUCAUGGGCAUCGGCACAUCUCUCGUCCUAAGAGCUACCAUCUCCAAGGGUGCUCCCUCAGCACCAUUUCUUAUCUUCAUGGGUGUCUCCCUAUCCAUCACCGCUUUCCCCGUGCUAGCCCGCAUUCUGGCCGAGCUCAAGCUCCUCACAACCGAUGUUGGCCGCAUAGCCAUGUCGGCAGCUGCCGUCAAUGACGUAACUGCGUGGAUUCUCCUUGCUCUGGCCAUUGCACUCUCCGGCGAAGGGUCCCCUCUAAUCUCUCUAUGGGUCUUCUUCACCGGGGUGGGUUUUGUUGCGGCCGCUUUCUUCUUCCUUGUCCCUGUUCUCAAGUGGAUGACACGACGCUCCCCUGAGGGAGAGCCUGUGAAGGAAGUGUACAUUUGCAGCACCCUUAUUGCGGUGCUCGUCUGUAGCUUCCUGACGGACGCCAUUGGGAUUCAUGCUCUGUUUGGGGCCUUUUUAGUGGGAGUGAUGGUACCUAAAGAAGGGCCUUUCGCUGGGGUGCUGAUCGACAAAACAGAGGACCUCAUCUCCGGCCUCAUCCUACCGCUCUACUUCGUCUCCAGUGGUCUCAAGACCAACGUGGCCACCAUCAAUGGCGGCAAGUCCUGGGCGCUGCUCAUCCUUGUCAUCGCCACUACAUGCAUCGGCAAAAUCGGGGGCACCCUCCUCGUUUCAAUGUUAGUUAAGAUGCCUCCCAAGGAGGGUCUCGCCCUUGGCCUCCUCAUGAACACCAAAGGUCUCGUGGAGCUCAUUGUCCUCAACAUUGGCAAGGAUCGCAAGGUACUGAAUGAUGAAACAUUUGCCAUCAUGGUGCUUAUGGCCUUGUUCACGACCUUCAUCACCUCUCCACUCGUAAUGGCCGUAUACAAGCCUGCCCGGCUCGCUGCGCCCUACAAGCAUCGCAGCAUCCAACGGAAGGACAAAGAGAGCGAGCUCCGGUUAGUAAUCUGCUUCCAUGGCAACCGUAACAUCCCCACCCUCAUCAACCUUGUGGAAUCCUCCCGGGGCAUUCGAAAGCGAGGGCUCACAGUAUAUGCCAUGCACCUUAUGGAGCUUUCAGAGAGGUCUUCAGCCAUCUCCAUGGUCCACAAGGCCCGAAACAACGGUCUCCCAUUCUGGAACAAGCGUCCCAUUGGACAAGAUGGCGGUGACCAGGUCGUUGUCGCUUUCCAGGCCUACCAGCAGCUCAGCCAAGUCUCCAUCCGGCCAAUGACAGCUAUCUCCGAUCUCCACACCAUCCACGAGGACGUAGUCACCAGUGCACACCAGAAGCGUGCAGCCCUGAUCCUGCUCCCAUUUCACAAGCUGCAGCAGCUGGACGGCUCCCUGGAGAGCAUUGGCAACGCCUACCAGCAUGUCAACCAGCGUGUGCUCCGCUACGCUACUUGCUCCGUCGGUAUCCUUGUUGACAGGGGACUUGGCGGAACCACUCAGGUCUCAUCCAGUGAUGUUUCGUACACCAUCACAGUGCUCUUCUUUGGUGGUCCGGAUGACCGUGAGGCCCUCGCUUAUGGAGCCCGUAUGGCGGAGCAUCCUGGCAUCGCGCUCAAGGUCCUCAGGUUCACUGCACAGCCUGGGACAUCCUCCUUGUUGGGAUCCCAAGGCGGAGCCAGUGAAGGAAGUGUUAGCAUUAAGAUAGAAGCCAAUGAGCUUUCCUUGGACCUAGCGAGCAUCAAUGAGCUCAAGAAUCAAGUGCCUGAUGCAGCCACUUCCCAGUCCAUCGAAUACCAAGAGAAGGUGGUUGGAGGUAAACAGGACAUCACGGCAGGCAUCUCCACAUUGAGCAGGUGCAACCUGUUCCUUGUAGGAAGAAGCCCGCGGAUUGCGCCUUUGAUGGGCAAAGUGGAAUUCCCUGAACUUGGUCCCGUGGGAAGUUAUCUGGCAUCUUCAGACUUCUCCACAACAGCCUCAGUGCUUGUCAUGAAGAACUAUGAUCCGAUAGUGGAUGCCUCACCUGUUGUACAGGAGACCUUUGAUUUGGAAGAAGUACCUGACACUCCAAUGUGCAAUGCUGCAGUUCAGUCCAACCCCUGA